UCCACAUUUUAAUAAUAAAUUAUAAAAAUAUAACUUUUAGUACAUUAAAUAUAUUAACAAUACGAAGCCACUGUAUACAACAAAGUCACAAGAAAAUAAAAGAAAAAAAAAACCUAAAGCAUGAAUUAUAAAUUUUAAAAAUUUGUGAUUUUGUGAUAAAAAGGAAAAAGUUUUGGUAAAUUUGUAAUUAAAAACUUACUGAUUUAAAGUGAGCAAAAGCAUGAACUAUUCAAAUAUUUCAAAUCAAACAUGCCCGCCAAAAACAAAGACAACCACAUACAGACUCUAUGCAUUCAGAAUUACAUCUGCCAAACAAACCAUAAUGCCAUCGUAGAGCAAUGGAGAAAGGCCUAGUGUCAGUAGACCAGUGGAAAGAAGGAAGCCAGGUAUAUUUCCUGACGCACCUUCACUCAGACCAUACAAAGGGCUUGACCUCUGCAUGGGCAAGAGGCCCUCUCUUCUGCUCAAGGCUAACUGCCAAUCUCUUCCCUGCCAGAUUCCCUGAGUUUAACCUCUCCUUGCUUUGCGUCCUCGAUAUCGGCGUCUGGCAUUCCCUCUCCGUCGUCUCCCCUUCCUCUGGCUCCCAGACUGUGCUCCAAGUCAUGCCUAUUGACGCUCAUCACUGCCCUGGUGCAGUGAUGCUGCUGUUUCGGGGAGAUUUUGGUUGUCUUUUAUAUACUGGUGAUUUUCGAUGGGAAGCAACCAGUGAGCGAGGGAAAAUAGGGAGUAACAUGCUUCUCAAUGCUCUUAAAGAUGAUUCGGUUGAUAUUCUUUACUUGGAUAAUACUUAUUGUAAUCCUUCUUUUGACUUUCCUCCUCGACAUGUUGCUGCUCGGCAGGUUGUAGAUAUUAUUGCCUCCCAUCCAGGUCAUGACAUUAUCAUUGGGAUUGACUCUUUGGGGAAGGAAGAUCUUUUACUUCAUAUUUCACGAAUGCUAAAUAUAAAGAUCUGGGUGUGGCCAGAGCGCUUGCAGACAAUGCAUCUUCUUGGGUUCCAUGACAUAUUCACAACUAAAACUUCUCAGACUAGAGUGCGAGCUGUUCCUCGUUACAGUUUUAGCAUUAAUACUUUAGAGGAGUUGAAUAAAAUGCACCCAACAAUUGGAAUAAUGCCAUCUGGUCUUCCUUGGGUGGUAAAACCUACUAAAGGAGAUGACAACCUUUUUGGGUCGUUUCUAACUUCUCGUUACAAAAAUGGCAAGUUGAGUGCAAAUGGUGGGACUGGGACUGAUAAGCUGAAUGGAAGUGUUCAAUCUGUGGAAAGGCUUCAUCAAUACAUAUAUUCAGUUCCAUACUCUGAUCACUCAUGCUUCUCUGAGAUACAGGAGUUCAUUGAGCUUGUCCAGCCAACUAGCAUGAAAGGAAUUGUGUCCUCAUCAUCUUGUUAUAUCAACCCUGUUUACUAUUUUGGCCGUCUUUGUAGAGAAAACUGGUCAGCACAGAGGAUGCGCGAUAAGUAUGAAAAGAAAGAGGUGGUCGACGUCCAAACAAAAUCUUAUUGUGGAAAAUAUAUUCCCAUGGGGGCAGCAAAGAAAAGAAGGACGGGGAGGGUGAGCAGGGUUAGGGCAUUGAGAAGAAUACGUCAUGGUGCUAAAAUUGAGGAAUACUACUGUCUGGAUUGAUGUGUACUCCAUUUUAGCAUUAGCAUAGCAAGAAAACUUGUAAGUAAUGUUCAUAUAUAACUUGUCAUGUUUGCUGAAAGAAUUACUUCUAUAAUUCCUUAAAAUGUUAUUACACUCUGGAGUUGCUUGAGAUUGAAAAUGUAUGUUCAGCAUCUAUGAAACUCUUUCAGAGGUAAAUGGAUUUCAGGAUGCAUCAAUAAGAUGAAGGGAACAACGAGAUGGAGGGUUGCAGUUGUGUUUCA